AUGGCAUCAGUUUAAACUAAUAUUUUAGAAUUUAAUGCAAAUCUUUGCAUAUAGGAUUUAGUAGACACUUACAACGAAUGCGAUUUACCUUUUUUUAACCAAAAUGAAGUACAAGAGCUAGAUGAGCAUAAGUUUUUCAUAACAUUGAAUUAACUAGCUUAAGAAUAUGUUUUAAAGGAUUACUAACCGUUCAGCAUGCAUUUAAUAGACUAUUAUUGUAGUAAAUAUUCCAAGAAGUAAAUCAUAGCAAAAUCUUGCUAUUCGUUCUACUACUGUUGGAAGAAAAUACUCAAAUCCUCAAGUGAUGCAAGGCUCUAUGCAUUUUGCUGCUUCAACAAAUUAAUUCCUAGUAAGCUAAUAAAAUUCUAUUGCAAAAUAAGAAAGCAAAUUCAUUCAUUAGUAACAGAUAAAUAAUAAGUUUUGAUACCGACUAUUAACAGUAUAGAGAUUAAUUUGGAGCAAGUGUUGUCUUUGAUCAAAAAAAUGUUUUAAAAAAGCGAUGCUAUUUAGUAAGUUAAUUAAAAUUUGACAAACUUCCUGUAAAAAAAUAAAGUAGUCUAUACUCCCAAGGAGAAAAUAAAAGCUUGCUUAGUAGCUGAAUUUAUUAUUGAACAAUAUAUACAAAUUACUCUAGGUUAUGAAUACAACAAUCUAUCUUAGGAAGGCAAAUUUUAAAACGGUAACAAAAAUCAAUUUUAAUAAGAAAAUAAUUAUGAAAGUUCUGAUUAGCACCAAUAACAAAAAGACUUAUAAUAAUAGAAUAUGAAGUAUUUUAUUUAAAAUGAUAACUAAGAACCUAACAAUAACCUAUAAGACUAAGUUUUUUAAAACAACAUGAUGAAAAAUAGCCAUAGCUCAUCUAAUUUAAAAAGCCAAGGAAAUGGUUACAUGCGCAUUCACAACUUAAAAUAAAGCAAAAGUUAAUCAUAAAUUCUACCAAUAAGAAAUAGAUUUUUAGGUAGUAGCAGUAAAUCACCUUUAAGGAAAUCUUCUAGCUCUUAAAAUAGAAUGAGCUAGAAUAAUAGAAAUUAAACUCCUAAUAUUAUCAUCACACAUGAGGAAUAGUAAAACGAUCUACUCCAAUCUGACUAAAAUUUGCAAAAAACAAUUAAAAGAAAAAGUGAAUAAAACUAAAGUUAAGACAAUACUUUGUUUUCAACAAUGGAUGAAAACUCAAAAAAGCCAUAAAUCUUAUUGGAAAUUUAAAACAACAGCAUGAAGUCUGAAAUUGAAAAUUUUAAAAAUUAAGUUGCUAAACUUUAAGAUGAAAACUAAUUUUGUUAGAUCUUUAACCAGAAGUUAGAACAGAUAUUCUUAGAAAUAUUAGAAAUAUCCAUAGAAUCUGAUUACAGAUCAAAUGAUGUUGAUAAGAUCAUAGAAAAGUAUGAAGAAUUAAAAAAAUAAUAAGGAGACCAAUGUUCUCUUUUGGAAUUUAGAGAAAAUAUUAGCUAAAUGAAAGAGCUAGCAUAACUUAAGUCGAAUACUUUAUAGCAAAAUAGUUUAUUCAGUUCAUAAGAACAUUUUAAUGGAAAUAAUAUCCGUAAAAUAUCUCAUAACAACUCUUCUCAAGUUGAAAACCCUCACCCUUUUAGCAUUUCAAGUGGUAAUGAAAACCAAAACAAUGCUCUUAGCUCUCCUGCUGCUAUGAAAAGUUCAUAAAAAAAAAGAUCUGCAAUUCUUGAAGAAGUAAACAAUUAGAAUAAUUCUAACAAUUGCUACUUUACGGAAGAUGAAUAAUAAUAAAGAUAGCAUUUAGCACUUUUAGAAGAAGUCUCAUAAUCUUUAUCAUAACAAAUAAAUAAAAAUAAUUUAUAAACACUUGAAAAAAUCAUAAAAUAAGAUUAGCAUCAAUAAUAAGUAGACCAAUCUCCUUAGCUUUUAUCAGUUAGUUUUACUAAUUUAAACAGUUAAUAAUUACCAUAAUCAAGCUCACCGCUCAUGUAAAGCUCGUUUUAUUAAAUAAAAGAUAUGCUUUAAUCAAACAAAAAUAAAAGAAAUAGCUUAAGCCCUGCUAUCUUCCAACAGAGUAUUUCAUUUAGAGAAGAAGGAGAACAUUAAUUAUCUAAAAAAAACUCUGAAAACCACAGAGAAUUCUUAAAUUCUAUGAAUAGUUUCAACUUUCAACUUAACAACGAUAGUGAAAAUUAAAAUUGCAAGUAAUAAGAAAUGUAAAAUUUAAAUAUUUAGAAAUAGCCAUCAUAAUAGUCAAUGUCAUCUUUGCAAUAAUUGUAAAAAAAUUAAGCUAAUGAUUUAUCUAUGAUUAAUCCUCAAAAUAAUUUGAUGAAUGAGAAAUCUAAAUAAAUGCAAUAAGACUAAAAAUAAGAAUUAAAAUAAUCUUAUCACCUUCAACUUUAAGCAACUAAUUCUAAAUAAUAAUCGUUGCAGUCUCCUUUAAUUAAUAUAACCAACAGUAGUAGCAACAAUAAUAACAAUCUAGAUAAAUAAUAACCACAACAAGAAAUGAGUUAAAAUUAACAACAUUAAUUCUAAUAAUAACAAAAAUAAACAUUUUAGUUUUAAUAACAAUCUAAUAUUUAAGAAUCUUCCAAUAAUAAAAGUAUUUUAGAUUAAUUAAAUUAAAUAUAAUAAUAAAAGCUAUUAGAAAUAUAGUAAAUACAGUAGUUAAUAUAAUCUUAAAAACCGAAAGAUAUGUAAAAAUCUUAAAUUCCUUAAAUAUUUGGCUAAAAUAAUGAUUAAACUUUACAAUAACAAUAAAAGAAACAGGAAAUGGGUUUAUAAAAUUAAGUUAAUUAAACAUUUUAGUAUUAACAGAAAUAGCCUUUUAAGCUCAAUUAGACUAUUGAAUCAGAUAUAAAAACUUUUGAUCCUUCAAUGAGUAUUCCAUCUAGUAUAGCCUCAAAUCACUAGCAAAAUCAAUAAGCACUUCAUAGACAGCAUUAUUAGAACCUGCUAUAAAGACAAUAAGAGAAAUAAGAAUAGGAAAAUAAUUAGCAACUAAAAAAUCAAAGCUAAUUUUCAAGAAUAAAUUCUGAUAAGUAUAACGAAUAUGAUCAUCACUCAAAUGCAGCAGAUGAUAGUUGGAGUAUAAAAACUUUCGAUCCAGAUAAUAUUCCUUAAGUUAACUCAGCUUUUAACAAAAAUAAUUAACUUUGUUUUGGAAGUUAAGGAGGAAGCCAUCACCAUUCACAAAAUAGAAAAAGCUUGUCUUUAAUAUAGUAUAACAAUUAAAAAAUUCAUAGCAAUUAUAAAAUAAAUAAAAUGUCUGAAAAUAUGCAUUUUUUAAAUGGAAUCAAAGAGUAAAUAGAAGAAGGUUAUGAUAAAAAAAGCAAUUCAAUUAGAGAUACUCCCAAAUCUUCCUCUUGUGGUGAAAAUAUUUAACUCUCUGAAAGCGAAGGGUACAAAACUUACACAGAGACUUAAAUCUCAGCUUUAAAAAAUAUAAAAAAUAAAAUUAUUUGA